UGGCUAAUUUAAAUACUGGCAUAGGAUUAUUCUACGAAAGACGAAGGAAUUUCCUCACUAUACAAGUUUGCUCGCUUUUCUGACAAAUUGAGAUCGUGCCCCACAUAAAUACGAAGCAAACUUGAUUAAACACCAUUUCUGUGUCGUCGCUCGAGAAAGCAACUAUGAGGUAUUGCGUUUUUCUGGCCCUGACGGUGACGGUGGCGUUGGGCCAAAAGCCCAACUAUCUGGCCGGAAAUGUCGGACAGCCCGAUUUGGCGUAUCGUUUUAGGACAAACGAAACCACGACAGUCCAAACUCUGGGUUUUCGGUUGGGAGACGAAGAAGGUGGCACCACGCGGAAAAUACCGGUGGAUGCUCGCGGUGAUCCCACUCUGGUCGAUCGUCUGAACACCUGGCCGGACAAGAAUAAGCCGUUUUGGUUACUAAAUUACGAAAAGAUUGAAGCCACGCGCAAUCAACAACCUCAACAGGGCACCAACCAAAUGACAAACAAUCAACCAGUGAAUACGCAAGACAGAUUUGGUUCCGCCAGUAAUAGUGUUCGUCCCAGUAACCAAACUCCCGACCAACGAGGAUUCAAUCCAUCUUAUGAUUAUGAUGACUUUGGUAAUCGAAAAAAUUGAAUCUAAGUAUUAAUUAUUUAUAAAAAAGUGUAUGUAUGCAAUUAUAUUAAUUAAAUUAAAAUUAAAACAA